GCCAUCAUCGAAACUAGUACAACAACAAGAAGCUUAAUAUUGAAGAAGAAAAGUAUAAACUAGUUAAAGUCUUUAAUUUAUAACCAAAGGGUCGGUCUUGUGUUGUGAUCCUUCUAUUCUAAUCAUCCCCCUUUACAAAAAAAAAAAAAAAAAUUCUAAUUUUUCUUUUGUUUCAGUCCUCUCUUCUGCUCAUUGAUCCUUUAAAUUAAGUUGGAUUCUCUCCAUUUAUGGCUUAAACCAUUUAUUUGAUCGAGAUAAGCCUAUCAGGGAAUCGGCGAGUUCGUAACUAGUUGUUGUCUGAUCUUUCAAAGAUUCAACCUUUUUUGGUCCGAUCAUGGCUGUUGCUGAGAAUGCUGGUGUCAAAGUGGACUCUUCUGGUCAGAAUUUAGACAACAACAACAACAACAACACUGCUUCAUCAGCUACCGAGACGAAGCCGCCAUGUCCUGAUGUUGAUGAUGAUCAGAGCCCUAAAUCUGACUCAUCGAAUCCUCCUAGCAUUGAUUCGGCUCCAGAAACAGACGAUCGGAUCAAUGAGACUUCUCAAAAGGGUCAGACUUUGAAUGGGUUUAGCAGAAAUGGUUUCGAGUCUACGAAAUCGGAGAAUGGUGGUGAGAACAAUGGAGGUAGUCUCAAGAGUGAGAUCAAAGAUUUGGCUGAUGCGUUUUCUAAGCUUAAUCCGAUGGCUCAGGAAUUUGUUCCUCCUUCUCUUUCUCGAAGUCAAUCUGGGGUUUUGAGGAAUGGAUUAGGGUUUACUAACAAUUUUGCAGCGCUACCUAAACUUGUUGUUGCAGAUGGGACUGAUCAUUUUCCUAGAAGGAGAAGGAGUUUUGGUCAAGGGAAGCGAAGAAUGAACAAAAGGACAAGCUUGGCUCAGAAGGAUGAUGUGAUCAGGAGAACUGUAUAUGUCUCUGAUAUCGACCAACAGGUUACUGAGGAGAACCUCGCAGGUGUCUUUAUUAAUUGUGGACAGGUUGUUGAUUGUCGUGUAUGCGGUGACCCAAAUUCUGUCCUUCGUUUUGCUUUCAUUGAGUUCACCAAUGAAGAGGGAGCUAGGGCUGCUUUGAGCAUGUCAGGUACUGUGCUUGGUUUUUACCCUCUUAAGGUUCUUCCUUCCAAAACCGCUAUUGCCCCUGUUAACCCAACUUUCCUUCCAAGAUCUGAGGAUGAGCGUGAGAUGUGUGUGAGGACUGUUUACUGUACCAACAUUGACAAGCGGAUCACUCAGAUUGACUUGAAAGGCUUCUUUGAAAUGUUUUGUGGGGAGGUUCAUCGUCUGAGGCUUGGAGACUAUCAUCACCAAACCCGUAUUGCUUUUGUUGAGUUUGCGCUGGCGGAAAGUGCAAUUGCUGCUCUUCACUGCAGUGGUAUGUUCUUGGGGGCACUCCCACUAAGGGUAAGCCCAUCAAAGACACCAGUAAGGCCGCACUUUCCCCGCGCUUAGUUCAAGUGAAAACUAUCGUUCUUCUCUCCGGAGAUGUCAAAAUUAUAUAGAAAAAGAGAGAGAUAGAAAGCUGAAGAAGAAGAAGUCUAAAGAAGAAGGUACUUGAGGCGUUUUGUAUUUAUAUUUAAAACUCUUUUUAGAUUUUAUUUUUAAGUUUGCUUCGCGGUCGCAGAGCCUGCCCGGGUAUCUUUGAACAACUCAAGAACUUUGGUCUAAAACUUUCUCCUUUCUAUUUACUCUCCCCAAAAAAAAAAACACAAAUCAUGUUGUUAAAAUUUACAAAUUUGAAUAUUUCUAUGAUUUAUUUAAGACAUUUGGAGAAAUUUCCUUUUCUUUA